UGCACCCGGAAGUCAUCGUCGUUUGGGAAAGGGACCGUCGUCACCGUCGCGGAGCUGAAGGCGGCCGGCCGGGAAGAUGACAGUGGAGAGCCCGUGCUACCCGCGGACAUCCAUCGAGGAUGAUUUCAACUAUGGCACUAACGUGGCUUCGGCCAGCGUACACAUUCGCAUGGCUUUUCUGCGAAAAGUCUACAGCAUCCUUUCCAUUCAGAUUUUCUUGACUACAGUGACUUCUGCAGUUUUUCUGUACUCCAACACAAUUCGGGCAUUUGUACAUGACAGCCCUGCUUUACUUCUGAUAUCCUUGCUUGGUUCCUUGGUUGUGAUUGUGGCAUUAACUCUGUACAGACAUCAGCAUCCAGUUAAUUUAUAUCUUCUCUUUGGAUUUACCCUUUUAGAAGCACUGACUGUUGCUAUCACAGUGACUUUCUACGAAGUGUCCAUUGUCCUGCAAGCCUUUAUUCUAACUACUUCUGUGUUUCUGGCACUCACUAUAUAUACUUUGCAGUCCAAAAGGGAUUUCAACAAACUUGGAGCAGGGCUGUUUGCCGCCUUAUGGAUACUUCUUCUGGCAAGCUUUUUAAAGCUCUUUUUUUAUAGUGAAGUAGUAGAGCUGGUAUUUGCUGCUGCAGGAGCUCUUCUUUUCUGUGGAUUCAUCAUCUAUGAUACUCAUCUGCUAAUGCACAAACUCUCCCCUGAAGAAUACAUAUUGGCUGCAAUCAACCUCUAUUUGGACAUCAUCAAUCUCUUUCUGCACCUGCUACGCUUGCUGGAAGCAUUUAAUAAAAAGUAAUUGAGAGUUGUUCAAAAUUCUGAGAUAAUCUGGAUGUGGCAUCUAAGGAGUUAAGACUUAGAAAAUCUGCAGUCUGUUUUCAGAUUAAAGUUUGUUUUUACAUUCCAUGGUGAUUUCAGUGUUUUCUAUUUAAAAGAUGUUUCAGGGAGCUCGUGCCUAAGAUUCUAUUCUGAGAUCAGCUAAUUACAUGGUGCAGUCAUCUUGGCUGUUUGGUAAAGGCUUCAGUCCAUCCGUUUGCAUAUUAUUACUGAUGAAAGACUUGCUCAUCAACCUCCAAUUGUGCCAAUAAGCACUAUUAAAACUAUUUUAUUUUUCCAGUAAUUGCCACAGAUGUGUUCUUUGAGAUUCACAAUAGUUACUGGCUAGAUAACAUAAAAUUGAGCUUUCUUAAUUUUCCUAUUCAACACUGAAACUUUAAACAAGCUAAAAUUCCCUUGUAAGUGUUUUACCAGUGACCACCAACAAUACUAGCAUUUGGAGUUGAAGGAGUAAUUCUGUAAAUUGCUCUCUUAUAAGGUUGUGAUGUUUUUUAAGCUAAAUAAUAUCAAGUGGCUACAUUUUCAAAUACCACCGGUUUUGUAAGAAUAUUGUCUUACAUUUUGCCCUCAAGUAGAUAACUUGAUUCUUGACAAUGGGUAGAUGAUGAAAGCAAAAGUGUGAUCGUCUGAAAGUUUAUUCUGUUCUGAAGACCUAUAUUAAGGGAAUACUUAUGUUGUUCCCUGUAUUCCAAGUUUGUCUACUUUGAAAUUCAAAAUAUGUAUCUUACCAUUUUUUUCAUGAAUUCUUUUGGAAUGCCAGAAAAGCUUGAAGUACAUUAUAACUCCUUCUCAAGGCAUUCGCAUUGUCAGUAAGGGAUAAAAAUAUUUCUGUGCAGUGUUUGUGAAAUAGAGUAUUGGACAAUGUUUGGUCUUGUACUGUGAAAUGCUGGCAGAGCAGAAGAAGCAAUUACAUUCCAUCUGCUCUUCUAUUAGGAUAAUAUUAAGAACUGAUUAAAAUAAAUUUUAUGAAAUGUUAA